CGGCCUUUUAAAAUGGCAGACAAUCAGCAGAGCAGGUUCGAAAAGUCACUCGGUUUGCUGACGACGCGGUUUGUAACUUUGUUACAAAAGGCGAAAGACGGAGUAUUGGACCUGAAAGUGGUGAGCGGCGUCGAUACGCCGCUGAUAUACUGGAGGUGCGACAAAAGAGACGGAUAUACGACAUCACUAAUGUACUCGAGGGAAUUGGGCUGAUUGAGAAAAAAAGCAAGAAUAGCAUACAAUGGAAAAGAAUGGCUGGUUCAAUGGGACGGUGCCAAACCACAUACCCAAAAUCUGUAAGGAAAUGUGACAUAUUUGAAUGUGAUACAAUUCAAAAACCAUGCUUGAGAGACCGUUUGAUUUAAGAUUUUGAUGAUUCUAACACACUGCAAUCAGAGAUCUUCGCAAUCAACAUCAAACCCGUCCAGUGAUAAGAUUUUUCACAUCAUCCAAUUGCUUGAUUAUGUAUCGAUUCAUAAUCACGGCACUUAACGCAAGCCAUGGAGUUACCUCAGUUUACUGGAUCCUCCCGCUUGAUAAUGAUCCUCGAGGUGCUGGACCUGGGUGUAACACACAAGAAGUUGGUGAAAAGCUGACCGAACUGAAGGAUGAAAUCAAGAAACUAGAGGAACACGAACAGUUGUUGGACACGCAUACCCAGUGGAUUCAACAGAGUGUAAAGAACAUCGAAUGUGAUUUAACAAAUAAGAGAUACGCUUACCUCACGUAUGAGGAUGUCAAGAAAAAGUUUCAGAAUGAAGUUGUGUUGGGUAUUCAAGCUCCACCGGACACAUUACUCAAUGUACCAAAUAUUGCAAAGUUAAUAGAAGAGAAUCUUGAUGAAAUUAAGAAUCCUAAUUACGAGAUAUCCAUGAAGAGUGCAUCGGAAGAAAUUAAGGUGUACAUGAUUCAGCCAGAGCUCGCUGAAUGUUAUGACAACAAAGUACUUGAGGCCAGACUUCGAGAAGAAUCUAAAGGUACUAAGAGGGAAAAGGAUGGAGAUGAUAAGAAGGAGGAAUCCAAGCCAAAGAGAAAAGUUGGAAGGCCACCUAGAGGGGCUGGGAAAGUAGACCCUGUAUUAUCAGACGAAGACGAGGAAGAGGAUCCAGAAUUACUCGAAGCGAAAAUUAUACUCAGCGAUGUAGCAACGUCAGACAUUGUCAGAACAGAUUUGGACCUACUGGACGAGUUUUAUUCAGAUUUUUGCGGACCUUUGGUGAGACUCAGUCCACCACCGGGAGAGAAGGACUAUCAUUUUCAUCUUAGUGAAAACGAAGGACUCUGUGACUUGUUUGACAUAGUUGCAAACUGACGGCAAUACAUUAAAAAAAAAAUAGUUUAUGGCUCUGCGGUAUCGUGAAGUUCAAUUUUCAGGUGUUCUUACGCCUGAUGAAUAAAUUGAUGUGAAUUGGUUUUGACAAUAAUGCGUCAUACCCGUAAUCACACUAGAUCAUUGUCGACCAACCUGUAUUGAUAUACAUGUAUAUAAUAUAUAUAUACAUAUAUACAUAUAAAAUCACGUAGGUAAUAUGUAUAAUUGAGUAAUGAAAAUUGCGGGCCAAUGCAAAAUUAUUGGCUCUGAUACCUUAAUUAAAUGGCUAUAUUGUGAAGUACCUUUUUUGGCGUAUUACAUACGUGAAAAUAACUGCCAGUUAGCGAUGUCUAUUUUUAGGCAAUAGAUUCACACGCUGUAAUGUUUGCUUGGCUACACUCACAAGAAUUCCACGUGUCUUAUGUUAGUAAGGAUUAGUGAUUAGCAUCCUUUAACCUGGGAUGCUAGGUAAAGUAUUACCUAAUAUCGCAUCUUCACAAUUUGUAUAGCAAUGCCUGGGUUCAUGAAUAACGUGACACACUUUGUUAGCGCCAUUGAUUUAGUUUACGAAAUCUAGGAAGGCUAUGUUAUGAAAUUUUUAAGUAUUUUAUAAGAGAAAACAACCCCCUGUGUAACGAUGACGACAAAAAGGUAUACCUGUCUGUCUUAUAUACAUUUUCGAGUUUUUACCUGUUAAAUUUGCUAACUAGCUCAUGUACACCUGAGUAAAGUCGAUUCUGCCUUACUGCUGCCUAAUUUUAGUAGGUUGGAAAUAGGGUUGGCUGCACUGGUGUCUAACAUACGCGCACAUUGAACAACAGAUGCCGCGCCAGUUCGAUGAGGCGCUGCCAGAGCCAGCCGUAUUUCUCACCCACUGAACUGAAAGGGUCAGAAUCGACUACUCGGGUCUGCAUACAAUGUGUAUGUGCUAACGAGAUCAUAUAAGGUGCAUACAGAUGUACGAAACAACAUUGUGUUGCUGUUUUAUCUAUUAUACAAAUAGAGUGUAAGACAAAACGAAAAUAAAAUGUCUUUUUAUAAAAUAAACUUCGAAAUAUGACCAGA